AUGGCCAAGGAAUUUUCCAACUCCAAAUUUCAUGGUAUUGAUAUUACCCCUCAAGCAUUUCCUGAGGGUGUCAAGCCUGAUAAUUGCGAGUUUCAGGUAGCAAACAUUGCUGAGCAUAUACCCUAUCCCGACAGCACUUUUGAUUGUAUUCACCAAAGACUUCUUGUUAUGGGAUUGACACACAAGAGCUGGGAUAAUACUCCCAAAGAAAUGUUUCGCGUAUUGAAGCCUGGAGGAUAUAUUGAGCUACAUGAGUGCCACUACCUUGUAGUCACUGACAUGCUCAAAUCUCACCAAAUUCCUGCCAGCAUUGCCUUGGGGCUGGAUGACCGUGUCUCUAAUGCCGGCUUUGACGUCGAACGAAUCAUAAUAACACCCAUGCCAAUCAAUCAUAAAGGCAAGGCAGGAGAAUUACUCUGGCAAGCGCUUAAAUUCUGCGUUGAUACCAGACUACUCAUCCAUUGA